UGAUCUUUUCCCUCUCUAUUCAUACAUUCUCUGUGUUCUUCUUCAUUCCCUCACUCUCUCUCCACGAUCCCAAUCCACCAAACUCUCUGCAAUUCCAUUCUCCAUACACUCAUUCUGCAAGAUUCCAAUCCCAUAUUACUGCUCGCCUACUGCUGGAUCUGGAGUUUUUCAAGCUUUAGAGCCCUUUCUCAAGGGUGUUUCGAUUCUGAUUGUGUUUUCCUCCCUAGAAAGUGGUUCUAAACUAUAUGGAUUCUUUGGUUUGAUGGAGGAUAACAAAAUAGGCUCUUUCCUUCGUGCCCAGGCUUGUAAUUUAGGAUGCGAGAAAGUGCAGAGCCAUACACUUGUUGAAUUCCAGAAGAAAUUCAGUAUUUAUUACUAUCUGGGCUGCUUUAAAUUAAUAAUGAUUCUUGAUGAUACAAGAUGCAUAUUUUGAUCUGGGUUUUUGCUGGAAAGAAGAAAAAGACUUGAGUUACUGAUUAUUAUUAGAAAGAGGAAGUGAUCGAUGGAGCCACCAUCUCCGCUGCCUAAUCCAGCUCCUCGGAAAAAGAUGACCAAACAAUUGACAGGAAAAAAAGAUGAUACACCACUGCAUUCCGCAGCUAGAGCAGGAAAUUUAGCAGUUGUAAUGGAAAUCUUUUCUGAUACUGGGGAGGAAGCAUUGAAGGAAUUGUUAGAGAAGCAAAACCAAUCAGGAGAGACUGCCCUUUAUGUAGCUGCGGAAUAUGGUUAUGUCGAUUUAGUUAGGGAGAUGAUUAAACACUACGAUCUUGCUGAUGCUAGUAUUAAAGCAAGAAAUGGGUUUGAUGCAUUCCACAUUGCUGCCAAGCAAGGGGAUUUAGAUAUAUUGGCAAUUCUAAUGGAGGCCCAUCCAGAAUUGGCUAUGACUGUUGAUUUAUCAAACACUACAGCUUUGCACACGGCUGCAACGCAAGGACAUAUAGAGGUAGUGAAAUUUUUGUUGAGUGCAGGGACUAGCCUGGCAACCAUUGCUAGAAGCAAUGGGAAAACUGCCUUGCAUUCUGCAGCAAGAAAUGGGCAUUUGGAGGUUGUUAGGGCACUUGUGGCAACGGAGCCUGGGAUGUUGACAAGGAUAGAUAAAAAGGGGCAGACAGCACUUCACAUGGCAGUAAAGGGGCAAAAUGUUGAGGUGGUGGAAGAGUUGAUUAAUGCAGAACCUUCAUCAGUGAACAUGGUUGAUACCAAGGGCAACACAGCAUUACAUAUAGCAACUCGGAAAGGAAGAGUUCAGAUUGUGCAGUUGCUACUCAGGCACAAUGAUACGGAUAUAAAAGCUGUCAAUAAGACUGGCGAAACUGCCCUUGAUACUGCUGAGAAAACUGGACACCCAGAUAUUGCAGCCAUUUUGCAGGAGCAUGGGGUUCAGAGUGCCAAAUCUAUCAAGCCACAAGCAACAAAUCCAGCACGAGAAUUGAAACAAACUGUGAGUGACAUAAAACACGAAGUUCACUACCAGUUGGAACACACCCGUCAAACUCGCAAGCGAGUGCAAGGCAUUGCUAAACGUAUUAACAAAAUGCAUGCUGAAGGUCUUAACAAUGCCAUCAACUCCACAACUGUUGUAGCUGUCCUCAUUGCCACAGUUGCCUUUGCAGCCAUCUUUACUGUCCCUGGCCAAUAUGUCGACAAUGUGAAUGACAUUCCCCCUGGACAAUCUCUUGGGGAAGCAAAUAUUGCACCACAAGCUCCAUUUAUAAUAUUCUUCAUCUUCGAUUCUAUUGCCCUCUUCAUUUCUCUAGCUGUUGUGGUGGUUCAAACAUCAGUUGUUGUCAUAGAGAGCAAGGCAAAGAAGCAGAUGAUGGCAAUUAUUAACAAGUUGAUGUGGAUCGCUUGUGCACUUAUUUCAGUAGCAUUCUUGGCUCUUUCAUUUAUUGUGGUGGGCAAGCAUCAGAAGUGGCUAGCAAUUGGUGUUACAAUCAUAGGAGCAAGCAUAAUGGUUACAACUCUGGGUACUAUGUGUUACUGGGUAAUUAAGCAUCGGAUUGAAGCCUCCAAUGUGAGGAGCAUACGAGGAUCAUCGUUGGGAAGCAGAUCGCGUUCAUUUUCAAUAUCUUUGAUGUCAGAUACUGAGAUCUUAAACAAGGAACAUAAGAAAAUGUAUGCAAUUUAAUACUUCCCAUA